GUGCUAAUAUUGCUAAAGGUGGAAAAGCAACUCAGUCUUCUGUGGGGUGGAAUGGCCCCCCUGAAAAUGCAAUUGAUGGAAAUCGGGCAAGCAUCUAUGGACAAGGAUCCUGUACCCACACACAAGGACAGAUAAAACCAUGGUGGAGACUGGACCUCCUGAAGAAGUAUAAAAUCAACACUGUCACCAUCACCAACAGAAAAGAUUGUUGCCACAAUAGGCUCAAUGGUGCUGAGAUCCACAUUGGAAACUCCCUCAAUGACAAUGGCAAUGCCAAUCCCAGAUGUGCCAUCAUCUCGUCUAUCGCAGCUGGGACCUCCAAAACCUUUGCAUGUGAUCUCAUGGAAGGCCAAUAUGUGAACAUUGUGAUUCCUGGAAGAAAAGAAUACUUGACACUGUGUGAGGUGGAAGUCACUGGGAUAGAAUCAGAUGAUUCCUUUGAACAUCCUUAUGGCUGAGUCUGAUCUAAUUCGUCAUAGUCAUGUCCACUUAUUUUUAAAGCUAAUCUUUCCAUGCUUCUUCUCCUUUAAUAGAAUAUUUGUACUUAGGGUCGGUGACUAUUAAAACAAAGUUUGAUAGUCAAUUUAUC